ACUGUGUUACUCUAACUCGGGAUCCCGUGUGCCGCAGACGCUGCGUGGAGGAUACAUUGUUGCAGAUGUGAAGGAAUUACCCCCGGCGGGUGGGAUUUGGUGUUCGCGGCGCGUGGACUGAUACCCUCGGAUUCGGGGAAUAUGGGUGCUGUGGGGCUGACUUUUACCCUUCUCCUGGCAACUUUCUGCGCAGGCUCAGGGCACAAUGAUGCUGAAACCAGGGAAUGCGUCUACUACAACGCGAACUGGGAGAUCGAGAAAACCAACCAAAGCGGCGUGGAAAAAUGCGAAGGCGAGAAGGACAAACGGCUUCACUGCUACGCUUCGUGGAGGAAUAAUUCCGGCUUCAUAGAGCUCGUGAAGAAGGGAUGCUGGCUGGAUGAUUUCAACUGCUAUGACAGGCAGGAAUGCGUGGCGAAAGAAGAGAACCCCCAGGUGUUCUUCUGCUGUUGUGAAGGCAAUUACUGCAAUGAGAAAUUUACCCAUUUACCGGAAGUGAGAACGUUUGACCCCAAGCCACAGACGGCUGCCUCGCUGCUCAAUAUCUUGGUGUAUUCUCUUCUUCCCAUCGCCGGUCUCUCCAUGGCCAUUCUCUUGGCUUUCUGGAGGUACCGCCAUCGGAAGCCUCCCUAUGGGCACGUCGACAUUAACGAGGACCUCGGCCCCCCGCCUCCUUCUCCUCUGGUUGGGCUGAAGCCUUUGCAGUUGCUGGAAAUUAAAGCUCGGGGGCGCUUCGGCUGCGUUUGGAAAGCGAGGCUGAUGAAUGAAUACGUCGCCGUGAAAAUCUUCCCCAUUCAGGAUAAGCAGUCUUGGCAAAGCGAGCGAGAGAUCUUCAACACCCCGGGCAUGAAGCACGAGAACCUCCUGCACUUCAUCGGAGCCGAGAAGCGGGGGUCCAACCUGGAGAUGGAGCUCUGGCUGAUCACUGCCUUCCACGAAAAGGGCUCUCUGACGGAUUUCCUGAAAGGGAACGUGGUCAGCUGGAACGAGCUGUGUCACAUCUCGGAGUCGAUGGCUCGCGGCCUCGCGUACCUCCAUGAAGACCUGCCGCGCUGCAAAGGGGAAGGACACAAGCCAGCGAUCGCUCACAGAGAUUUUAAAAGUAAAAACGUUUUGCUGCGGCACGACUUGACGGCCAUUCUCGCAGACUUUGGUUUGGCGGUGCGGUUUGAACCCGGCAAACCCCCGGGAGAUACGCACGGACAGGUUGGAACGCGGCGUUAUAUGGCUCCAGAGGUGCUAGAAGGAGCAAUUAACUUCCAGCGAGAUUCCUUUCUCAGGAUAGACAUGUACGCCAUGGGGCUGGUCCUCUGGGAGAUUGUGUCCAGAUGCACGGCCGCGGAUGGCCCUGUGGAUGAAUACAUGCUGCCAUUCGAAGAAGAGAUCGGUCAGCAUCCGUCUUUAGAAGACCUUCAGGACGUGGUGGUUCACAAGAAAAUGCGACCGGUAUUUAAGGACCACUGGUUAAAACAUCCCGGUUUGGCGCAGCUCUGUGUCACAAUCGAAGAAUGCUGGGACCACGACGCAGAAGCGAGACUCUCAGCCGGCUGCGUGGAGGAGCGCAUUUCACAGAUCCGCAAAUUAGUGACCGGCACUACCUCGGACUGCCUCGUCUCCAUCGUUACGUCUGUCACCAACGUGGACUUACCGCCCAAAGAGUCCAGUAUCUGAGUCACGGCUCCUCUGUCUUUCCAGACUCAGAAAUUUCAAAAAAAAA